UGGAUACCGAGCAUAUAUAAGAUCAUACAAAUGAGUCAACACUCUACAUUAAUCUCAUUUCUGUUUAGAUCAGCUUAAUCGUUUUGGUUAUUUUUGACUCCCACAAUCUACACUACUGAAAUAUGGAGUUAGCGUGUAGUAAAAUCAUCGUCGCAGUUUUAAUCCUCUCCUGCAUAUCCCAUGCAGAUGCAAAAUGUAUGUGCCAACAGAUUAUGCAAUAUGAAUCUGGAGAACUAGUCUGUUCUUGUCGGACCGGCUAUGUGGUCAACAGCAUCGACCCUACCAAGUGUAUUGACAUUGAUGAAUGCAAAGAUCCAAGCACAAACUGCUGUCAGCACAAAUGUAUUAACACCGUGGGAAGCUAUAAGUGUUUUUGUAAUCCUGGAUACGCCAUCAGCAGCACCAACUUUACACGUUGUUUAGACAUCGACGAAUGCAAUGAUGAAAGCACAAAUCGUUGUGAGCAGAUUUGUACCAACACAGAGGGAAGCUACUCGUGUUCUUGUUAUCCAGGAUACACCAUCAGUAGCUUAAACCCCAGAAAUUGUGUUGACAUUGACGAAUGCAAAGAUCAAGACCCAAGUCCAUGCCAACAGAAAUGUACCAACACUGAAGGAAGCUUUUCGUGUUCAUGCAAUGCUGGAUACGUACAGGAUAGCACUGAUCCAAAUAGAUGUGUUGACGUGGAUGAAUGCAAAGAUCAAAGCACAAAUCGUUGUGAGCAGAUUUGUAAUAACACAGAGGGAAGCUACUCGUGUUCUUGUUUACCUGGAUACACUUUAGCUGGCUCAAACCCCUAUAACUGUAAAGACAUUGACGAAUGUAAAGAUCAAAACCCAAGUCCAUGCCAACAGAAAUGUAUCAACACUGAAGGAAGCUUUUCUUGUUCAUGCAAUGCUGGAUACGUACAGGAUAGCACUGAUCCCAGUAGAUGUGUUGACGUUGAUGAAUGCAUAGAUCAAAGCACAAAUCGUUGUGAACAGAUUUGUACUAACACUGUGGGGAGCUACUCGUGUUCUUGUUUACCUGGAUACACUGUUGCUAGCGCAAACCCCUAUAACUGUAAAGACAUUAACGAAUGUAAAGAUCAAAUUCCAAGUCCAUGCCAACAGAAAUGUAUCAACACUGAAGGAAGCUUUUUGUGUUCAUGCAAUGCUGGAUACGUAAUGAAUAGCACAGACCCCAAUAGAUGUGAUGACGUGGAUGAAUGCAAAGAUCAAAGCACAAAUCGUUGUGAGCAGAUUUGUACCAACACUGUGGGGAGCUACAGAUGUUCUUGUUUACCUGGAUACACUGUUGCUAGCGCAAACUCCAAUAACUGUAAAGACAUUGACGAAUGCAAAGAUCAAACACCAAGUCCAUGCCAACAGAAAUGUACCAACACUAAAGGAAGCUUUUCGUGUUCAUGCAAUGCUGGAUACGUAAAGAAUAGCACAAAUCCCAAUCGAUGUGUAGACGUGGAUGAAUGCAAAGAUCAAAGCACAAAUCGUUGUGAGCAGAUUUGUACCAACACUGUGGGGAGCUACACGUGUUCUUGUUUACCUGGAUACGCAAUCAGCGUCAACAAUUCCAACAACUGUAAAGACAUUGACGAAUGCAAAGAUCAAACACCAAGUCCAUGCCAACAGAAAUGUACCAACACUAAAGGAAGCUUCUCGUGUUCAUGCAAUGUUGGAUACGUAAAGAGUAGCACAGAUCCCACGAGAUGUGUUGACGCGGAUGAAUGCAAAGAUCAAAGCACAAAUCGGUGCCAGCACAUUUGUACCAACACUUUGGGGAGCUACUCGUGUUCUUGUUUACCUGGAUACACAGUCAGUGCCAACAAUUCCAACAACUGUAAAGACAUAAAUGAAUGCAAAGAUCAGUCCCCAAGUCCUUGUCAGCAGAUUUGUACUAACACACCAGGAAGUUUCUCGUGUUCUUGUAAUGCAGGCUACACCAUCAGCAGUACGGACCUCAGCAAAUGUAAAGACAUUAAUGAAUGCAAAGAUCAGUCCCCUUGUCAGCAGAUUUGUACAAACACAAUAGGGAGCUUUUCGUGUUCUUGUAAGGCUGGAUACACCAUCAGUAGCACGGAUCCCACAAAAUGUGAAGCACCAUGUGAUGCUUACGAGGUCGGAACACUUGUAAAUUACACUGUAUCAUCUCACAAGGCUUGCUUUGAUAUUUGUAAAGAAAAUCCACUAUGCAUUACUUACACCUAUGAGGUUGGUGUUCCAAGUAAUUGUAGAGUGUUUCUACUGUCUGGGAACGUAACUAACACUAACAUAGAAUUAAGUGGAUCUAGCUUCGUGACUUGUCGAAACGAAACAGUGCAAUGUUCUGCUUAUGAUGAAUAUGAAACGAUAUCAACAGCUCAUAAAACCCAUAAGGCUUGUUUUAUGUCUUGCGCUGCGGACCAUACAUGUUUGAGAUACUAUUAUGUCAGCCAACAAUCCUGUGAUCAUCUUGUCGCCACUGGGAACAUGUAUGACAUCAACACGAACAGAAGGGCGGACGCCUUCAUGGUUUGCUGAUGUUUGUCUAUAGAUUCAAAAGACUGUGGAUCCAGAAAUUAUACACCUUUUAAAGUUCCUAAAAAUACAAUCUGUAUUAAUCAACAAAGUUUGCCAAAUGUAAACUGUGGGUUUUUUAAUACAAACUAAGACACAUUUUGAAAUUACCUUUGAAUAAAACUAAAUAUUAGUUUUCA